AAGGCCCAUGGACCUUGUAAGCAGAUCGAAUACAGACUGGUAGCGUAACGGCAGGAACCACCAACAACUGAACCAAUAAUAGAGGAAAUUUCUCGUCCCCAUAACCUGACACUCGAAUGUGUGAAAGUGAUCUCUAAUUGCGACUUCAAAAAGGAAACCUGACAACUUGUUUGGUUGAUCGACCAGUCAUGGCCUUCUACGCUCCAUCUGUUGCCUUUGUCUUCAUUCUUGGGACCUUUUUAAUCUUCCCAUUUGCUCGUUCUAUACCCUUCAUAGUUCUCCAUGGUAUUGGAGAUCAAUGCAAAAAUCGAGGAGUAAAACAGUUCACUGAGUUACUGAGAGACUUUUCUGGUUCUCCAGGAUAUUGCCUGGAAGUUGGUGGUGGAACAUGGGAUUCCUGGUUUAUGCCUCUCGAGGAACAGAUGGGUAUUGUUUGUAACAAGGUUAAAGAAAUGAAAGAAUUAAGGGAGGGUUACAACAUAGUUGGUCUCUCACAGGGCAACUUAAUUGGUCGAGGUGUGCUAGAGUUUUGUGAGGGUGGACCUCCUGUUAAGAAUUUCAUAUCCUUAGGGGGACCUCAUGCUGGUACUGCUUCUGUUCCUCUUUGUGGUUCAGGCAUUUUCUGCAUAAUCGCAAACAACCUAAUCAAGUCAGAGAUCUACAGUGACUAUGUACAGGAUCACCUGGCUCCUGCUGGCUAUCUCAAAUUCCCCAAUGAUAUCCCUCACUACUUGGAAAAGUGUAAGUUUCUUCCGAAGCUCAACAAUGAACUUCCUGAAGAGAGAAACUCAAUUUACAAGGAAAGAUUCACUAGCUUGCAGAAUUUGGUGCUUAUCAUGUUUGAGAAUGACAAUGUUUUGAUACCUAAGGAAACCUCUUGGUUUGGUUAUUAUCCAUAUGGAUCUUUUAAGACAGUUUUGCCUGCAGAACAGACAAAGCUUUACUCUGAGGAUUGGAUUGGUCUCAAGGCCUUAGAUGAGGCUGGAAGAGUUCAUUUUGUAAAUGUGUCAGGGGGCCAUCUCGGAAUAUCCGAAAGUGACAUGAAAAAGCAUGUUGUGCCUUACUUGGUGGAUCAACAAUCGGUAAGGAGGGUUAGCAAAGCUGGGUUGCAGGGACUUCCCCGCAGAAUCACGCCAAACAAAAAGAGAGAACAAGAUGUGGAAGGAUUCAGCGGCACAAAAUCAUCUGAAGAGAUACUACAUGGAUCAUCAUCAUAUCAGUGGCCCUCAUCAGUGACAGGUUUUUUCAUGGAGCUUGUUGGGCUCGCAGUGACAGAGGAGAAUGCUCCCGAUAAAUUGUGAGUUGGAACAUCGGCUGCUUCAGUAAUUUCCGCUGGGUGGAAUCAAUAAGUAUAGUAAUCCCGUAUUCUUCUGUGCUUUAUACUUGCCAUUGCUUAUCAAAACCUCUGGCUGUCACUUAUGGCUAUUGUUGAAAUCGAACUCAACUCUACAGGAAAAGCUAUAAUGAUUAGUAUCGUGGAUUACCACAAUGAUUCAUUAUUUAUACAAGUGUUUCUCAAA